AUGCGACGCCUGCUUUACAACGCCUUAGUAGCGGCCAUUCCUCUGGCUCUCGCCAACUUCGACGCCUCCCACGUCUCCUGGUACACUACCCCGGCCAACAACUUCACCUCCACCCUCCCCAUUGGUAAUGGCAGACUAGGCGCCGCCAUCUGGGGUACUGCGACCGAGAAUGUCACCCUCAAUGAGAAUUCCAUCUGGAGUGGCCCGUUCAUCAACCGUGUCAAUCCCCGCUCGUAUGACGCCCUUUGGCCAGUCCGGUCGCUCCUGGCAGAGGGGAACAUGACGGAGGGGAAUGAUGCUACUCUAGCAAAUAUGGUUGGCAUCCCGGAUUCGCCGCAGUCCUACAGUGCGCUGGGGUCUUUGGUCCUGGAUUUUGGGCAUGACGAGGCGGGAAUCAGUAAUUAUACGCGAUAUCUGGAUUUAAGGAGUGGUAUGGCGGUGGUGGAAUAUACUUAUCGAGCUGUGCGGUAUAGGCGAGAGUAUCUGGCGAGUCAUCCGGAUAACGUAGUCGCUGUGCGCUUGUCGUCGAGCGAGCCCGGAGGCUUGAAUGUGGCUUCUUCGUUGGUUCGAGAUCGAUAUGUUGUGUCCAAUAAUGCAACCCUCUCGCAUGACGGGGGGUUGUUGACGCUCAGGGCUUACUCGAAUAACGUUUCGAACCCCAUUCAGUUUACGGCCGAGGCCAGGGUGGUUUCUGAUGGGCGGGCUACAAGCAAUGGCACAUCCCUCGUAGUCCGGAACGCUUCGACAAUCGACAUCUUCAUCGACACCGAAACGUCCUAUCGCUAUUCAGCUCAAGAAAACUGGGAAGCAGAGAUUAAAUCAAAGCUUGACACUGCUUGCAGCUCUGGCUUUGUCGCCGUCAAGAAAAAUGCGAUCGCCGAUUACUCCGCUUUGGCGCAGCGAGUGGACCUGAACCUGGGAUCCUCUGGUUCAGCCGGCAACCUGCCCACCGACAGCCGCUUGGUGAACUAUCGCAUUGAUCCUGACAGCGACCCGGAGCUGGUCGUCCUCAUGUUCCACUUUGGCCGGCACUCAUUGAUCGCCUCCUCGCGCGCCACCGAGUCACCAGCCCUACCGGCCAAUCUACAGGGGCUGUGGAACCAGGACUUCGAUCCCGCCUGGGGUGGGCGAUUCACCAUCGACAUCAAUCUCGAAAUGAACUACUGGCCGGCAGAGGUCACUAACCUCGCUGAUACCUUUUCCCCGUUCAUUGAUCUGCUGGAUGUUGUGCAUGACCGAGGGCUUGAUGUAGCCGAAAGCAUGUACCACUGCAGCAACGGCGGGUAUGUCCUUCACCACAACACCGACCUCUGGGGCGAUGCAGCCCCCGUCGAUAAUGGCACAACCUGGACGAUGUGGCCUAUGGGUGGAGCAUGGCUGUCGGCUAAUCUGAUCGAGCAUUAUCGAUUUUCACGGGAUGAGUCCAUUCUCCGGAACCGCAUCUGGCCACUCUUGCAGAGUGCUGCGAGGUUCUACUACUGCUAUCUCUUC